GUUCAAAACCCAAGAGCAAACCUAAGAGGGAGAAAACAAAGGAAGAGAAAAAGUUUAAAAGAAGGGCCAAAUAUUUCUUGGUCACCCAGCUGGUCGCUGUUUUGGUUUUCCUUUCUCUCCUUGGUGGAUCUGAUGAUAACGAAGUGGAACAUGGCAAUGAUGACGAUGGUUUGAAUUAUGACUAA